AUGCUGCGCUCAUCGCGUCCAUCCAUCAACUUGAUCCGUCAAGUCGGGACCAUCGCCAUUCAAGAGCCAGCGCAGCCCUCGGUCAAGACCGACAUCCCCGGCCCACGAUCCAAAUUGCUGCAUGAAAAUUUGAAGAGAGUCCAUGUGAGUUUCCAAAUAUGGUCGCCGAAUCUCCGUGGUUUUCUCUGGCUGCCCGUAAAGUGGUUGCCGCAAGUUUCGACCCCGUAAAAGUUAUCAUUUGUCAUAUUUCGAGCAGGGGAAGUCCCCCCCAAGUGCGACGCUCAGAUUUUGAUGAAACUUGGCACAAAUUUAGACAGAUUUUUUCUAAAAUAUAUGCGAGAAUCCCAGCUCGCGCGUUGCAGAAACAACCGAGAUUUUUAGAUCCAAACUCGGCGAAAAUUUGAGACUUUUUGCCGAAUUUCGGCACGAUAAGUUUUAUGCCUAUUUCUACUGUAGAGGGUAAUGUCUUCACAAAAAAUCAUUUUUUUCCGCGCGAAACUAGCAAAGUUAUGGCCAAAAGAUAUUUUUCUCUCUUGCUCUCCGCGUUUCGUGUACUCUCUCGGCGGCAAAGAUCGUUCAAUAUCUCGGCGGCGCUUGUAAAGCGCGGGCUAAAACUUUAAAGAAUUCAUAUUUAGUCUAUGUCCGGCGAGUGGACAAAAUUUAAAGAAAAUCUGAGACAAAAAAAAAUAUUUUUUUGAGGAAAAGAUUUUGAUGACUUGAUAAAAAAAAAUAUCCAAAAGACUUUAAAAAUCUCGAUUUUUUUGGCUUUUGAUAUGUUAUUUUUUCACUCUAAUAUGUCCAUUUACAGCAAGCGCCGUCGGUGAAAUUCUUCGUCGACUACGAGUCUUCAUUUGGGAAUUACCUCGUCGACGCCGAUGGAAAUGCCCUUUUGGACUCGUUUAUGCAAAUUUCAUCUAUUCCCAUUGGAUAUAACCAUCCUGAACUUGUUGCUCUUCACAGCGACCCUCGAUUUAUCGUAAGUCAAUUUUUGUUUUUGGAAAUUUUUAAAAAAAAAUUCAAGAAUUUUUCUAUUUUUCAAAAUAAAAAUCGUUUUUUUAGACUGCCGCAGUAAGUCGACCGGCUCUCGGCAACUUUCCACGCACUGACUUUGCCGAUUUAAUCGCCAAUUCACUCAUUUCGGUAAGUUUUUUUGAUCGUUUUUUGGGUUACAAGGAAAGUGCGUUUAUGGGGGCCUCUACUUUUAGACGGGAGAUAUCUCAAAAAUACGCAAAAUCAUGUUGAUUAAGAAUAUGUAAAAAUUUGCUGCCCAGUAGCGGAUUUUAGGGGUGAAAAAUUAGUCGCAAAUUUACGUAGACCUCUACAGUAGGGACCUGAUCCAGUGGAAAAAAUGAACCAUUUUGCAUCCGGGAAGCAUCAAAAAUGUGGCAAAAUGCUUCCCUCUUCAAGUCGAAAACUUCGUUUUGAAGGGCUCCCUCACAAAAAGAGCGGGCGCGCUUUUGAAAUCGGAGUUUUUUUCACUUGAAGAAGGAAGCAUUUUGCCACAUUUUUGAUGCUUCCCGGAUUCAAAAUGGUACGCUUUUUGCCACUGGAUCGGGUCCCCCCACUGUACCUCUAAAUCAACCUUUUUUUUCGCUCAAUUUUUCAGGGUUUACAAAUUUGAUUUUUCUUGAUCAACACAAUUUUUUGGAUUUUUUGACAAGGAAAGUACUUUUAUGGGGGCUCCUACUUUUUGACGUGACAUAUCUCAAAAAAUCAGAAAAAAUGUGCUGAUCAAGGAUAUAUAAAUCUUAGCUGCCCAUUUUAGGUUUUUAGGGGUGAAAAUGCCCAAAAACUGGCUUAAUUUCCCUACAAAAGGCGCAGGCAUUCGAAACGAUAAAAAGCGCAGUCGGUCUCUUCCUUCGGAAGAGAGCGGUGUGGCCGAGUGGCUAGUGCCGUAGUCUAGGAAUCAAGAGGGGGAACGCCGCACGGGUUCGACAUCCCUUUUGGGCCGAAUCAACUUUUUUUGAAGAUGAAGGUCGGAAAAAUAAAUUUUUGUGCCAAGACUGAUUUAUUACGUCUUAGAAACUGAAUAAACAUCAUUUUAAGCCAAAAUAAAAAUUGUAAACCUGUGAAAAAUUAAGCGAAAAGGGGUUCAUAUAAGACUUUAAGUCAACUUCCGAUUGAGUUUUCACCCCUAAAAACCUAAAAUGGGCAGCUAAGAUUUAUAUAUCCUUGACCAGCACAUUUUUCCUGAUUUUUUGAGAUAUGUCCCGUCAAAAAGUAGGAGCCCCCAUAAAGGUACUUUCCUUGUGAGAUAUGUCCCGUCUGAAAUUAGGGGCCCCAAUAAAAGCACCUUUUCUUGCAUUACAAUGAAAAAUAUUUUCAUUGUAAAACAGGUUGCCUAAAAUACCUUUCAAAAAAUUUUUCCAGAUAGCUCCCCCAGGCCUUCGUCAUGUCCAGACGAUGAUGGACGGAACCGGAGCCAACGAGAACGCCAUCAAACAGUCGUUUAUUCGCUAUCAGACCCUGAAAAGAGGAGGUCCGCCCACUCCGAAGGACCUGGAAAGCUGCAUGAACCAGGAGCUCCCGGGUACCCCAAAACUCAGCGUUUUGGGCUUCCAGGGAAGCUUCCAUGGACGAUCGCUGGGAAUGUUGAGUGUGACUCGGUAAGGGGUGAUAGAUAUUUUAUGAGAUUUUUUAUUUUUUUAUUUUUUUUUUUAUUUUUUCACGGUGCAAAAUUUAAUUUUUUGGUAAAAAAAUGAAUCCAGGAUUAUUUUUUUAGGUUUUUUUACUCCGGUUUUUGUCGUAGACGCGAAUUUUGGUCCUUUUUUUGUUUUUUGUAGCAUGAUUUUUCCUUUGAUUCAAAUUGCCGCAAAAUUUCCAAUUUUUGCACCGUGCAAAAAUCGCUUUUGGACUGAUUUUUGGCAAAAAAAGUAACGAUCAGAAAAAACGAAUGUCAUUUUCAAAAUCAGCACUCUCGAAAACCACUAAAUCGAGUAAUUAUGAAAAAAAUUUUAAAAAGCACUACUCUACAGUACUACUUAAGGAAAAAAGUAACUGUCAAAAAAUGAAUGUCAUUUUCGAAAUCAACACCCUCGAAAACCCCUAAAUCGAGUAUUUGUAAAAAAAAUCAAAAAAUUACUACAUUACAGUACUACUUAAAGAAAAAAAAGUAACUAUCAAAAAAAUGAAUGCCAUUUUCGAAAUCAGCACCCUCGAAAACCCCUAAAUCGAGUAUUUGUAAAAAAAAUCAAAAAUUUACUUCUCUACAGUACUACUUAAGGAAAAAAGUAAUUAUCAAAAAAAUGAAUGUCAUUUUCGAAAUAAGCACCCUCGAUUAUCCUAAUUUCACAUUUGCAUCGAAGAAAAAUAAUACUUUUCCGUUUCCCCAAUCGUCCCAGUUCCAAAAUUCGAAGGACUUUUUGCGCCGCCUGACGAUUUGUGGCCUUCAAUAAACCAUUGACAACCCCUCUUUCAGCUCCAAAGCCAUCCACAAAGUCGACAUCCCCGCCUUUGACUGGCCCAUUGCCAAAUUCCCCCGCUACAAAUACCCGCUGGUCAAGCACGAGAACUACAACAAAAAGCAGGACGAGGAGUCGCUGGAAGACGUCAAGAAACACUUCAUCGCGCGCAAGAAGGAGAAGCGCGACGUCGCCGCGCUGAUCGUGGAGCCCAUCCAGAGCGAGGGCGGCGACUUCCACGCCUCCAACGAAUACUUCCACGAGCUGCAGAAACUCUGCAAAGAACACGGCGUCACGUUCAUUGUGGACGAGGUUCAGACCGGUGGCGGGGCGAGUGGACACUUCUGGGCCCAUGAGAAAUGGGGGCUGCCCGAGGCGCCGGAUAUUGUGACGUUCUCGAAGAAGGCGCUGAUUGGCGGAUAUUACUACAAGGAUGAGUUGACUGUCAACGAGGUAAUUUUUAUUAUUUUUUAUAGCUCAUUGGAAGCAGGUUUUUGAUUUGAAGGUGUAAUUUUGGACGAGGAAAGAAUAAGAUUUUUUGAAAAAAAGUCAAAAAAAGAUAAAAAUUUUUCGAUACAGUGACGCAUCUGAUCCAGUGGCAAAAAACGUAUAAUUUUGCAUCCGGGAAGUAUCAAAAAAUGCAGCAAAAUACCUCCCUUUCCAACUAAAAAAACGCCGGUUUGAAGGGCUCUUAUUGUUAUAAAGUAAACUCGAUUAGGUCCGCCACUGGAGGCGUCCCCAAAUUAGAGAAAGCUGUGACAGUGGCGACCUGACCCAGUGGCAAAGAACGUACCAUUUUGCAUCCAAUAAGUAUCAGGAAAAGCAUCAAAAUACCUCAACCUCCAAGUGAAAAGACUAAAAUUUCAAAGAACGCUUUUUUGCUAGGAAAAACGCGCGUUUUUGAAAUCGGACUUUUUUCACAUGGAGAAGGAGGUAUUUUGCUAAUUUUUUGAUACUUCCCGGAUGCAAAAUGGUACAUUUUUUGACACUGGCUCAGGCCCAACACUGCAGGCCAAAUUUCAAAUCUCCAAAAAAUUUUCAAAAUUUUGUGUUUUUUUUUUUAAGAUAAUGUUGAUUAUUUAGCAAGGAGUAAUGUGAAAAUCUCGCAUAUGCCUUGGAAAACUGAAAACUUAUUUUUUGCCAAGUUUUAUUAAGCUCUGAGACCUUCACUACACCCUUACAUUUCCCCAAAAAACCUAAUUUUUCAAUCCAAAUUCCCCCUUUAUUUCCAGCCCUACCGAAUCUUCAACACCUGGAUGGGAGAGCCCACAAAGCUGGUGAUUCUGGAGAAAGUGGUCGAGAUCAUCAAGCGAGACCGUCUCGUCGAACAAACCGCCAAAGUCGGCGCCCAUCUCUACAAAUCCCUCGAAGAUUUGGAGCGCCACUUCCCGAACCUCGUCUCCAAUGUGCGUGGUCAAGGAAAUCUCUGUGCGUUCGAUCUUCCGGACGCGGCGAAACGCGACAAAUUGUUGGCCGUCGCGCUGAAAUACGGCCUGCAUGUGGGCGGAUGCGGCGACUUGACGGUGCGCUUCAGACCGGCCUUGAUCUUCGAGCAGAAGCAUGCGGACAUUGCCACGGAAAUUCUGGCUCAAUCGCUCAAGAAGUUGUAA